AUGAAGAACUUAUACAGUACUCAUCCCCAUUUUGUUCGUUGUAUUAUUCCCAACGAGUUCAAAGAACCCGGAGAGAUCGACGCCCAUUUGGUUCUUCACCAGCUUCAAUGUAAUGGUGUAUUGGAAGGUAUCCGUAUUUGCCGAAAAGGAUUCCCCAACAGAAUUAUCUACGGUGAAUUCAAACAGAGGUAUGCAAUUAAUGUGAGACUUUGCUAG